CAGACCUGCCUUUUCGUUUUCUCGUUCCGUUUCUCGUCAUCAUGGCAGACGACUUCGUCAUUGAGGCCUUUACCCUGCUGGCGCUGGCCAUUCUGACCAUUGCCUGUCGGAUCACCGCCCGGUGGAUCACCGCGGGCCCCAAGAAUUUUGCCCUGGACGACUAUUUGAUGCCGGUGGCAGGGAUAGUGUACGCCCUCGAGACAGCCGCCGCCUACUGCGUCAGCGCCUGGUGGCACGGUCUGGCCAACAACUCCAUGACCGCCACGGAACGCGCGAGUCUGUCCCCGCAGUCGGAAGAGUAUCGUCUGCGCGUCGGGGGAUCCAAGACCCAAGUGCUGGGAUGGUCGCUCUACACCACCCUGUUGUGGUUACUCAAGACCUGUAUGGCGGUGUUUUAUUCCCGAUUAACGGCUGGCCUGUACCAGAUGACUCAACGCAUUCGCAUCGCCUACCUCCUCAUCGCCUGCACCUACAUCGCCGUCAUCCUGAGCAUCCUGCUGGGCUGUCGGCCCCUCCACCGCAACUGGCAGAUCCAUCCGGACCCGGGCAACUACUGCCAGCCCGCCGUCUCGCACAUUGAUGUCUACGUGACCGUCACCUUGAAUGUGGCGACGGAUGUGUAUCUGAUUUCCAUUCCCUUCCCGAUCCUCUUCAAAGCCCGUCUCCCGUGGCGCGAGAAACUGGAGUUGGUCGUGCUCUUCAGCGGAGGGUUAUUCGUGAUGGCCGCAGGGAUUUUGCGAUGUGUUUUGAUCGUCACGGCCGGCGCAAACGGCGCCUCCCAAGCCGGCAGCUGGGCCUGCCGCGAGACCUUCGUCGCCGUCAUCAUCGGCAACCUCCCCAUGAUCUACCCGGUCUGUCGACGGCUGGGGAAGCGCGCAGCCGGCUUCUGGUCCUCGCAGGGCCAGAGCCCCAGUCACCCCAAGGCCGGGGCAGGCGGCGCGAGAAGCAGCACUUCCGGGUACCCGCUGUCGGGGAGUGAGCCGCACAGCACGCCGUCCCGGAAGAAGAGGUUUCGACAUCCCUUGUCGCUGCCGGAUACGCAGUGGACGCAGCUGGGGCCGGUGGGUGAUGAGCAGAUCAUGUUGGUCGCGAUGGACGGGGAGGAGGGUAAUAGCCGAAGGGAAGGGGGAGGGGGACAGGGGGGGAUUCAUGUUGUGAAGGAGUUGGUGAUUACGAGGGAUUGA